AUGGCGAGUGACUCAACUACUCGAGAUUUAGAGAAAGUUGUAAGAGACGGGUUGAGCACGCUCGUGUUGGCUUUUGGAUACAAAACUGGAAUUAUUGAUGAAUUUAUUAAAAUACAUCCCUGCACUGCAGAAGAACUUAGUCAGAAGACAGGUAAAAAGUUAAGGUAUAUACAGGAAUGGUUAGGUUGUCUUGUUUCAACAGGAAUCGUCAAGAUUCACGAGGAUGGCAAAUAUUCACUUCCGUAUGAGAAUUCUAUGGUAAAGGAAUGUUGUAACAUCGCUGCAGCACUUCCGGUUCUGAGUGAUAUGUUCCCUCGUCUAGAGAAAGUUUUACCUGAGGACGGACCUCGUGGUAUGAUUCUCUUUAUGAUAGGUGUCUACUCGCUCUAA